AUGGUCGGAGACUCCUUUAGCUCUGCCAUUGGUCGGGGAGAUCUCAAGAUCUCUGGCUUGGUGAAGGUGGGGUUUCAGGUGCUGCUUCUUUUCUUUCGUCGGAUUCGAUGGUCUGUGGGUCAAUCGGUGGAGCAGCUAAUUGUCUGGUGGUUUAGAGGUCCGAUCCUUGUUGGCGAGGCUUUGCUUCUCUGGCUUGUCUAA